AUGGCUGAUUCAAACGAAAAACGAACAGUAAAACUACCACAGAUCCACCCAGUUUCCAAUCAAAACUUUGAGCUUGAAAGAUUUCAGCAGCUUAAAACUGAUACGGAUUCCUAUGAACAAUGGCGCGCCAAUAUUCAUCGACAGUUAGAAGAAGAUCUUCAACGACAAGUUCAGGCAUUGCUGGCAGAGUCCGAAAAACAAGAAUUGUUGAAUAAACAACGGCAACAACAACUCCGGUAG